GGAUCGCCCAGGUUGUCAGUGUUCCUGGAUCGCCCAGGUCGUCAGUGUUCCUGGAUCGCCCAGGUUCUGUCUUUGUUUCUAAAAGUUGUCACACAUGUUCUGAUGUCAGUUGUUCCUUCCCUUAGAUUGGGGCAGUUGUUGUUUUCCUUCCUGUCUUUCGUGUCAUCUAGGAAUUUCAAGGCAAUAUCAGGUAAGUCGGUUCAGAAACGGUCACUAGGACGGGGUCAACCGUCAGUUUAAUACUCAAGUCGGUUCUUUUUCAUCAGUUCCAUUCAAACGUUCGGGGGUUUUUUGGAGCCGUGUUUCCAAUCCGUCCUAAUCCAGUCAGGUGAUGUCAUUUGUUAUAUGUAUGUGGUAUGGUGCAAACAGCCACUGGGCUACAAAGUAUCCUCUGGAAGUGGAAUUUUUUUCAAUUUUUCACUAAAUUUGAAGUUGUAUAUGAGUAAGAUGUGUUUGGCAGAACUAGUUCUGCUCUUAUUCACCCAAAAAAACUGUAAAAACAAAAAACGCAUCAAAACCGCAUCAAAAACGCAUGAGGUGUAGAUGCGCUUUUUUGGACCAUAACAUGCGGCAGUCAGAGUAAUACAAUUGGAUCAAACUGCAGAACUAUACUCAAUUGCUAAAGGCGCUAAAAAAGAUGAUUUCUUGGUGCCUUCCUACUUGUGACAAAUCUUCUUUAUAUGACAUUAUGCCCACCACAGGACAUCCCCUAUCUUAACUUUUUUUUUUUUAUAUAGUAUUUGGAGUUUUAUUAUUUUAUUUUAAAAUGCUCUAUUUGUGUUCAUAAUAUGUUUUAAUCGAAAAUCUGAUCUAUAUAUGGUUGUAUAAAUGAUGUCAUUUGUUAUAUGCGUGUGAUAUGUUGCAAACAGCUACUGGGUUACAAAGUAUCCCCUGAAAGUGGAAUUUAAUUCUAAUUUUGAAGUUGUAUACGAGUAAUACGUCUUUGGUAGAACUAGUUCUGCUCUUAUUCACCCAAAAAAAAAAAAAAAAAACUGCAAAAACAAAAAACGCAUCAAAAACGCAUCAAAAACGCACAAGGUGUAGAUGCGUUUUUUGUACCAUAACAUGCGGCAGUCAGAGAUAUAUAAUUGGAUGAAAUUGCAGAACUACAGUCAAUUGCUAAAGACGUUAAAAAAGACUUUUUUUGGUGCCUUGCUACUUUUGACAAAUCUCCUUUAAAAGACAUUAUGUUCAUGUCAGAGCUGCAAGGGUGAACACCUGAGCUGAUUGACAAACAGGAAGUUACGACCAAAAUGGGACCAAUUAAAGCAAGGAAUACUCAGUAUAAAAGAGGGGUGUGUAAUGGGGUGAAGCAUGCCACUGAGGAAGGGGUUGAACCCCGAAACGCGUCUGGUGCUACACCCCAUUGCUGUACUGAAACAUUGAAUUUACCAACCAACCGACCGCAACCGAAAAAACGAGCCGACCCCAAUAUCCUGAUGGAAUAGUGCUAAAAACAACUAAAGGCAUAUUCUGGGAGUAAAAACACCUGAAGGCUCAAAGUAAUAUCAUCGGAUGAACAACAGGUCGAAGGAAAGGUAACGGAUUAUCUCUCUUUGCAAGCUAUUCAGGAGCGGGACGCCGCUACCUAGAUUGCUUUGGCGUGACGUCGCCAUAUUUAUUUGAAAUACUGCAGUUAAUGAAAUACUGACAUUAUUUUCGGAGUCAUUCCCAUUGGACUAAGAGGCCUAUUUAGAUCGCAUUUUUGAACAUUUAUCAGCUGGUCAUCAAACACAAUUUACUCUGUCUACAGCUUACCCAUGUUACAAUCCUUAUGAUACAUAGUUUUAUCUGUUAUAUUUGUGAUACAUUGUGCUACAUUGUUUUAUCAACUUUUUUCGUUGUAGUAAUAAAAGCUAAUAUUUGCUUAUAGUACCUGGUCUCUGUUAUCCUUGAGUGCCCUGUUUAUUCAUUUUAAAUAAGUUCGCUUUUGUUUCUCAGGUCGACAUGUCUCAUAUGUCCGAGUUGGAUGACAACCUCUCCUUGCCAGGAUCGGCCAUUUCGGAGCAUAAUAGCUGCACGUCUCUAAGGAGUUGGACGGUGCCGAAGUUGAUCGCCGAGCUCAGACGCAGGGGGAUUCGGCAUCCCGCAACUGCCCGCAAGGCUGAACUAUAUCGCCUGCUGAUGACUACUCCGGGUUCGUCAGCUGAGCAGUCCGAUAACGACUCCAUCCGGCUGGCACUAGCGCAGAUCCAGUCAUCCAUCACCGGACUCGUUAGCUCAGUCGCGGACAUUCAAUCCAGGGUCGCGGUUUUAGAAACCAGGCCAGCGGCUUCACCGCAAUAUCCGGGUUCGGCAGUCAUCUCUGCCAUUCCCCCGGACGUUGCAGGUAGGCCUUCUGCCACCCCCCAAAUUGCUCCUUCCCAUUUUGUGCCAGAACACAUUAAGAAGGAUAUCCUGGCAGGCAAGGACGUCAAUUUGGCAUCCAUUUUGAUUGCCUCCCAGGAUAUUUCCGAAAACCGGGUGAUCAAUUGCGGAGAGGUUUCCGUGGUUUUGAAGGCCAAGGAUGCUCGUCUAAACAGGAAAUUGUCCGUUUCCGAGUUCGUCCUGGCCUUCAGCCUCUACAGGGACGUGGUGUGCUCCGCCCAGCCUAACCGCAGGGAGGAAUUGGAUACCUACUUGUACCGGAUUGCGGAUUUAGGGCAUAAAUACGGCGGCUCGGCAUUUUACGAUUAUCAUCGUUCGUUCUCUGCCAAAGCCGCCGCAGCCCUGCAUCAGUUUCAGUUCAUGUCCAAUUGGGCAGACUUGGACAUGGAGUUAUUCUGCCGGCACUUCGCGGGUCUGAAGGCUCCUUUGUGCGCUAUCUGCCAGUCCAUCUUUCAUUCUACGGAAUGGUGUCCCAAUCCGGUACAAGAUCCACAGUCAGCGGCCAAUCCAGGUCCUUCCGGGUCCUCCAGGACUUCCUCUUCAACAGACAAACUGGGCAGGCCAAUUGUAUAUCUCGGCAGUAGCCAGGUAUGCAACAAUUUCAAUGCCAAGGGCUGCGCCUUCAAUGCUUGCCGAGCACUGCACAUUUGCUCCCUUUGUUUUCGGGCCCACCCUCGCCCUUCCUGUCCCAGGAAGUCAGCCAGGGACUCCUGACUAGCCGACCUCAACUUGGAUUUACUGGCUGCUCUCCUGCAGGGCCAUCCGGAUCGUUCCUUUGUCACCUUCUUGCUGGAUGGGUGCAGAGAGGGGUUUCACACCGGCAUUAUCACACGUCCCCAGGGCUGCUGGCUGGGCCCCGAUCUGCUCUGUGACCCUGAGGCGGUGACCACCCUCAUUCAAGCAGAGGUUGACAAGGGGUUCGUCAUUGGUCCCUUCCUAAAAAUCCCGUUCCAGUCAUGGCGCAUAAAUCCCAUCGGCCUUGUCACCAAAUCUUCAUCUAAUAAAAAACGUCUCAUCUACGACCUCUCUGCGCCUCAUAUGUCCUCCAUCCCCAGUCUCAAUUCACUCAUUCCCUCUGAGGAAUAUUCCAUGCAGUAUUCCUCAGUUGAUGAGGCCAUCCAGCAUAUCCUUCAAGCAGGUGCCGGGGCUUGGCUGGCCAAAGUAGACAUUGCCGAUGCUUUCAAGCUGCUCCCAAUACACCCUCAGCUUUGGAAGUACUACGGCAUUCAGUGGGCAGACAAAUUUUACUUUGCCAACCGGCUCACCUUCGGGUCCAAGAGCAGCCCCUGGCUUUUUGAACAACUGGCCAAGGCCCUGCACUGGAUUCUCAUCCAUCACGGUGGCUUAUCCAGGGUCGUCCACUACUUGGACGACUUCCUUCUCAUUGAAAGACCCAGUCAGGUCCCGUCCAUUCCCCAUUCACUCCUGGACAUUUUUUCCCGCCUUCAGGUCCCUGUGGCCACGGCCAAGACGGAGGGCCCGGCCACCAAGGUCACCUUCCUGGGCAUCAUUCUGGACACCAUCAAAAUGGAGGCUAGCCUCCCCAGCGAGAAGUUGCUCAGGAUUCGCUCCGCUAUUUCCCGGGCGGUCCAGUCUCAUUUCCUUACCAGGGCGGAGCUUCAAUCCUUGCUGGGGAUGCUCAACUUCGCCUCCAGAAUUAUGCCUCAAGGCAGGGCCUUCCUUUCCAGGUUGUUGUGUCUCCUGCCCUCUGCCCCAGAGCAGGAUUCUGUCGUCCAUCUGGACGGCCAGGCCUUUGCAGAUCUUGACAUGUGGAGUAGGUUUCUCUCUGAUUGGAAUGGCAUUUCUUUGUUCGUUCCUCAGUGGGAUUCCUCUUCCCCCAUGGUUUUCUCCGACGCCGCGGGUUCCUCCGGGUUCGCUGCCAUUUUCAGGUCUCAUUGGCUGGCCGCCGGAUGGCCGCUAGAAUUAGUCGCAGACACAGCAGCGCUCAAAUCCUCCCCUCUUUUGGAACUAUAUCCCAUUGUGGCGGCUGCUCAGGUCUGGGGUCACCAUUGGGCCAACUCUUCAGUAACGUUCGUUACGGAUAGCCAGACUUUGGUGGACAUCGUCAACAAGGGCAGGGCCCAGUCUCCCAGGAUCAUGGCGUUGUUGCGCAAGCUAGUCUGGUUAUCCCUCCUCCACAAUUUUCACAUGCGCUGCGUACACAUCUCAGGCGAGCAGAAUAGGGCCGCAGACGCUCUUUCCCGUGCUAAUUUUGCGGUUUUUUUCCAGGAAAUGCCCGACGCGGAUCAGUCAAGCACGCCGGUGCCCCAAUUCAGCACUCUCAUCCUGGCUUAA